AGUGACGCGCGAAUUGUUAAAACGGUUUUGUAAGUUGCGGUGACACUGAAAACAAUGUGGUGGCUUUGUUACUGUGUCGGCAUUAUCGUGGGCGCGGCAGCGCGAAGCUCCGGAGACUAUCCACGGGAUUCCUCGCUGUACUUCCAAGGAACUUCCCAACCACAAGCCAGUGGAACUAGAGAUGAUGUAAAUGACGAUUUUGUACCGAUAUUGAACUCUGGAAUGAAUAUCCUCGAAGGAAACAACGGUGAGGAGAACAAGGAAAUAAUUCCCAUACUCAGUUCAGGAAUGAAUGUUGACAAACAGAACGACAAACGAGAAGUAAAUGAGCUAAAAGUUGACGAUCAUGAAACCACAAAUGAAGAAAAUAAUGAGAAAUGGUUCUCAACCAUACCUUCAUUAUUGGAUAAGAAGAUUGAGGCGGAUGCAGAAACGGCGAGUGAAGAGGAAGUAGAAGAUGAAAUUAACGUACAGGUGAAAGUGGAUACAGCAGCUGAAGUUUCGACUGAAAUAAGAAGACCCCAAAUUACACACAGAAAUGGAAAGAUAGAACGUAGAGGAAAAUUAAAAAUCGUAAUAAAUGUUAAAACACAAAAAGACGAACCGAAAACUUUUGAGGGGCUUAAGGAUUCGUUUGAUAAAGCUGAACGCAAUAGAUCAAAAACGGACGGCAGCAGGGCCCACUAG